GGUUCGUACAGUUCCUACGGUUCGAACGGUUCCUACGGUUCCUACGGUUCGAACGGUUCGAACGGUUCGUACGGUUCGAACGGUUCGUACGGUUCGAACGGUUCGUAC